AUGUCUCAUUGCCAAUAUCAAGAGGGCACAGAGACAUUGUACACAUAUGAGCUGCCCAAUAUGGACUCUAUUGCUUCUGUAUCUUCACCGAAAGGUGGUGGCCUAAGACUUGAGAAAUUUGUCUUCGCGCAGUGUGGGCUAGUUACCGGUCCCGUUAUGUCAUUCGAUUGUGUCAGCAUGGCAAGAGGCAGUCUGACUAUUGGUAUUACUUCCUCAACCCCCGGGCCUCAGGUUCACCGUAGCAAGUUCCUGGCUGGCAUUACUGUCUCUUCACUUGGUCCAACCAAUUCGACCGAUACCCUAGGUGAAUUCGACGUUUCUCUUUUCUCUGAAGCCGAACUCUUCGACUCAAAAAACAGCCCAUCUUGCCCUCCUAGGCCUAAUAGGCCUGUGGACUUCCAAUGA